ACCACAGUUAUCCUUGCCCCCAACACACCACACCCUGGUUCAUUACAAAAAGGAAAAAAUUUCCUCGAGUCCCACGUGUCAACGUCCACAUACGUCGCUGUAUAUUCUAACUGGUGGAAUCCAAAAACGGGGCCUCUCAGGGACGAAUCUCUGCAUCUCCUCUUCACAACACAUAAUCAUUUUUUUUCCUUGUUUUUUUCUAACAUUUUUUUCCUUUUUUAUGUCUUUUUCUUUUUCAUUGAUUAGGGUUAGGGUUCUUUUUUCUGAGAAUGGGGAGAGGGAAGGUUCAGCUGAAGCGGAUUGAAGACAAAAGUAGCAGACAGGUGACAUUUUCAAAGAGGAAAACUGGGUUGAUCAAGAAAGCUCGAGAGCUUUCCGUUCUUUGCGAUGUUGAGCUCGGUCUGGUCAUCUUUUCACCAAGGGGAAAGCUUUACCAGUUCUCUAGUGGAGAAAGUUUGAGAACAAUUCUUGACCGCUAUCUAAAUCAUGUAGAUGAAGAAGCUGCUGUUUGCAACCGUGUUAAUGAAGCAAAGCAGAUACAUGAUGAAUUCAUAGAUCUUUGGAGAGGUACUAGUCUACAGGCAAUGGUUGAAAGGCACAUUGAAGGUCAAAACAUUGAACAACUCAAUAUGACACAGCUCGUACAGCUGGAAAGGCAACUAGAUUCCAUAUUAAGGCAAACAAGAAAUCGAAAGACACAGGUAAUGAUGGACACUAUUGCUGCACUCAAUAAGAAGGAGGAACAUUUGAGACAAGAAAAACAUGACAUGGAAAUGGAGAUUGCAGCAAGAACAAUGGGCGUGGAAGAUCGUGAAAGAGCUGAGAAACUGAACCAGGAUCCUCAUUCUAACGGCUACGACCAGCCCCCCCUCCAUAAGGGCUUGCUCCAUUUGUUCUAGCGGUGGCCUCAGUUUGUUAUCGGAGGUACAAAAAAUAAAGUAUUAUGAUGAUGUAUAAAUAGCAGUCAUCCUCCCAAGCAGUGAACAUAAGCUUUUAGAAUAAUGGUAUGCGGUAAAGUAAACCACCGAUCAAGAAAAGGGGCAUCAGGAUUGGAUUUUCUGCCAAGUGUUGCUCAGGAUAGGUCUUAAGCUAGAACUGAUGCUACUGACAAAAGUAUUACUAUGUGUUAUAUAUGUGCCCUUAUAAAUUCUAAUGUUCUUUA